AUGUCUUCGACCCGCGAUAAACUGUACAUGUGCACCGAGUGCUUUCAAAGAUAUCCCUGGAAGGAUCUUUCGGAGAAGGAACAUCGCUGUUUUCGCUGUCGUCUGGAAACGAAAAUGUGCGCCAUUUGUGAUAGGAAAUUCGAGCCUCGUCAGAAAUCGCAUGUCUACUGCAAACGCUGCGAUUUCUACAUGCUCACUCAUGCAGCAGUUCAGCCUAUUCCUGUCCAGGAUCCUAAUGUAGAGCCAGAGAGGGAAGAACCCUCUUUCAUAGAACGCUGGAAUGAGAUCAAGGCGGCUGGGAUUGUGGACGAGUUUUUUGGUGACUGAGAUAAUCGGGAUAUCUGCUGUGCCACUCAAUUUUCAUUGAUGAGCUAGGUGCUCAAACUAAAUCUGUUUUCAAAUAGAGCAUCAACAUCUUCCCAACAAAAAUAAAUUUAAGACUUAAA